AUGAGCGACAAAGAUGUUCAGAAUGACAGAAAACGAUUGCCUGCCGCGGGUUCAAAUUCAACUUCGAAGGACGACACACAGCCGGAGACACCCCAAGGCCGCCUUCUGUUCUGCGGCUUAUUUGUUGCAGCAUUAGUUGUCUUUCUAGCUGCGCUAUCCGCUGCUGCGAAUCAUUUCUAUUUGCCUCAAGCCCUUCCUGUUGAUGCGCCGGCCGAUGAAUUCAGUGAAGGCAGGGCGAAGCUGCUGCUGCAGCAGGCAACGCACAGUGUACGUACACUCGGUAGCUGUGACAACGAAGUCGCAGCGCCGCAGAUGCUGCACUCUUCUGUACUGAAGCAGCUGCUCAAGCUUUCUUACGCUCCUGCAGCUCCAGCUGCUCUUCCGAAGGGUACAGCAGCAUCUACAGGCACUAAGACCUCUACAGACACCGCAGAUGCUCAAGCAGCAACUGCAGCUGCUGGCGCUGCUGCUGAGCUGCAAGGCGCAGCAGCAGGAGCUGAGAUGCAGGCAGUUGUCGGGCGUGUGAGCUUUGUGCUGCUUGUGACUCACGAGCUGCGGAGUGCCACUGCAGCAGCAAAGAGGAAAGCAGAGGCAGCAGCAGCAGCAGCAACGCCGCUGCGCCGCAUACAGCCGCCCGGCCAGGUGACAGACAUUGAGACAUGCUUGUGCGGGGUGAUACAACAACAUCAUAUUUUACUGCAGCAGCAGCAGCAACAUGCAGCAGCGGCAGCAGCAGCAGCAGCCACGGGACUGCAUGAAGAGCUGCUGCAGUCUACGGAACAGGAGCUUCCGCCGACAUGCAAGGACCAAAAGCAACUUGAAAAGUGUGCAGCAGUGCUUAAAUUGACGGAAAAGCAAGACCCCUUUUCUCCCUCAGCAGCAGAUGCUGCUGCUGCUUCCUUUGAGCGAAAGAUAACAGCAGCAGCAGCAGGAGAGUCCGAAAAAUGGGAAGAACUGGACUGUAUGUACAGCCCAAGUGUGCUGGAUCCCGACUCGCCAGAUUUCGUUUCCGGCACUUUAACUCCUAAGGUGCAAUGCUUUAAGGUAACAAGGCACUUUCUUGCUCCCCCCUCCACUGUCUCUGCGCUGAUUGGUCUUGCUGUCAACACCCACGGAGAGCAGCAGCAGCAGCAGCAGCAGCAGCAGCAGCAGCAGGGAUCAGCAGUUGCAGCAGCAGCCAAGCCUCAGACUCAAGACAAAGAAAAGGCCCCAUUAAGUAGCACAGAGGACCUCAAGAGUUCGGGCUUGCGUCACCUUCUGCAUGCGUUCCCUCACCUCUCCAAAGAUGAGAAAGAUAGAAGCCUCACUGCUGCUGCUGCUGCUUCGGCUGCAGCAGCAGCGGCGAAGACCUCAGUGCUGCGCCACCUGAUGAGACAUGUGUUAUCUGUAGACGUUACCUUCUCCGGCGGAGCUGCUGGGGGAUUCGGGCAAAACUAUACAGGAUUUCGCACGUCACUUUACUCGGGGCCCCGCAACUUCAGUGUGGAGAUUAAGCCACUUUUUCCCAUGUUCUCCGGCUGCUCCACAUCAGAGGCUUUCGAAGAUAAAGGGGCUAUGCAUAAGAACCCGUUGGAAAGCUCUAGCCAGGGGGCCCCCAUUAAUGCUGCUGCGUGUGCAGGGGCCCACGAAAAUAGAAAGCUCCCUGCAGCAGCAAGCGCGUUGAUGCUAGCGGCACAUUAUGACACAGCGCCUUCGUCUCCGGGAAUAAGUGAUGACCUUGGGAUGUGCGCGGUUGCUGUGGAAGUGGCCAGGGCUGGGGUGUACAGACACCUUAGAGCCGCCCACAAAGCGCAGCUGGAACAGUGGGGAUUGGAGGAGAGGGAACAAGAUAAACCUAGUGAAGAUGACUUCAUAUCCGCACCACUUAUUCUGAACUUGAAUGGUGCGGAGGAAGUGAUGCUGCUGGCUGCUCACGCUUUUGGGGCGCAGCACCCCUGGGCCCGCCGUGUUCGUGUGGCUGUCAACUUGGAGGCGGCGGGGUCUCGUGGAAAGUCCUUUGUGCUGCAGAUGCCACGGCCGCUGGCUGGAAGGCUCCUUGAGGCUCUAGCAGCGUUGCCGUCACCUACAGCUAGCUCUUUCGCAUCUGACAUUUGGAAUUCAGGGCAGUUUCCGGGGGAGACAGACUUUAGGGUUUGGGCUGAAGUGCUCGGCGUCCCUGGGGGCCUAGACUUGGCGUGGAUUGGAGAUGGCGCAAACUACCACACCCGCAGAGACACACUAGAAAAUAUGCGCUCGGGCUCUCUGCAGCACACAGGCAGCGCUGUACUUGGCCUCCUGCCGGCGCUUUUGCGUUUGACGGAUGUUGUCGAGGAAACUGCAACAGAAGGAAACAGUGAAGACCUCCCGGAGGUUCCCUUUUAUCAGGAUUUACUAGCGUUGGGCCUGGUGGUUAUUCGUUGGAAAGCGUUUUUGCCCUUAGCGGUUCUCGUUGUUUUGCUGCUGCUGCUGGACUACAAGCUACAGCAGAGAGUUCUCGGUGUACAGACAUCCAUUGCCUUGGUGAUCCUUAGCUGCUUAUCGUUUGGAUGUAGCUGCCUCGCUGCUGCUACUGUUGCUUGUUGCUGCACAGUGCUAGGUGCACUGGUGCUGCAGCUCUAUGGAACUUUGUAUGUGCACUGGCCGAUCGCUGCUGCGUGCCGGGCCCUUGUGGCGUUUGCUGCUUUGGCGUGGUUCUGGAACAAGACCUUUUUCCGCAAGAUAAGAUGGCGCUAUGCUUUUGGACGCCAACCAAUGAUUUGUAUGCAUGCAUCGCGGGCAGCUCCCCUUCUGACGCUCUUGGCUCUUUCCCUUGUCUUUUACAAAUUGCAUCUUUCCGCAUCCUUCUACUUUCUGCUGCUCCUGCUGGGACUUCUCGUCCCCCGCGUGGUUUUCUUGUUGUUCUGGUGUAUACGAUCACAAGAACGGACAGAAACCAGAGCGAGAUGCAACACCGCGAAUGAGAAGGGACAGGGGCAUGACAUGCCCGGGAGCAGCCGAAGAGCCCUUGAUACUUCACUGAAAAGGUGCUGCGCCUUGCAGCUGGCAGACACGGUGGGAAGCUUGGUGCCCUCAGUUUUUUUGUUUCAAGCUCAUAUGGCGUUUCUUGAUGGCACCAGUGGUCCAGCCGGCCGCAUGGGGGAGUCUUUGUUGUGGAUGGAUUUGCUGUUGAACUUGGUUGUACUGGCGCCGGUGCUGCUGCUGCUUCCCGCCGUGUUGUGCCCUCCUUUUUUUCACAUGCUGCACUACAUUAGACGGGAAGAAAAUAAUGCAGUGAGAGGCAAUGCUGAGACAGCUGCGCGUCGAAGAGAAGUCAAAAGACGAUCCUGGGUGGUUCGAGCUCUUGCUGUUGCAGGGGUUGCAGUCGCCUCUGUCUUUGUGCUCAAGAUGCUUACUUUUAUUUUUCCUUUGGAGCCUUCACCAACCCCGAUCUCACAAAAAAGCGCUGUGAGUGUUGUUGGGGAGGAGAAUGCAAGUGAAUUUGGAGGGGAGGACUUGGCAUUGCUUCCGAUUUCUGCAGACGAGCAACUGCAGCUGCGCAGCCCAAAAGUCGCGCACUUCCGGUCGCUGCUAGGGUUGCUUUCACUUGGCUUUGGUCAUUACCUGCUACCCUCUCCAACAUUCCCUUUCUCCCCUGUGAGGCCGCUACAGCUGCACUUUGUCAUAUUUAGACGUUCCAAGGUCACAGCUUUGCUAUGUCACAGCGGCACGAAGGACGUCAGCAGCGGCGAAGCAAACGGGAUCGAAGCACCCAACGACAACAGCAGCUGUGCGAAAGUAGAACAGCUGGAGGGAGAGGCGGGAACAACAGCGUCAGCAGCAGAAGAAGCAGCAAAAAGCGUCUUCAAUUUUCCUUCUGAGCUGGAGGUCCUCUCGUCUACUCAUCGUACGUCGCAUUUCGUGCGGCAUUCCACACGAGGCGUUGCAGUCCUUGGGCUAGGGCGCCAAGUUUUUUGGAACCCAGCGGCGUCGGAUGCUCCCCUGGUUCUCUCUGCGGUGCGCAGAGCAAUUGAAAAUGCAGAGCAGGAAGCAGGUGCAUAUUCCAGCAAGGCCAAACAGACAGUUUGUGUACCACCUGCAGAUACUGCAAACACCAUACAACAGAGCGGCGGCGGAGUGGCUCUGGUGGAAGAUUUAAGUGGGGACGCUGCGUUGGAAAUUACAAAAGACACUGCAGAUAUGCGGGGCAGCUGCACCGCAUCUGGUAGAAGUGACAGGACGCAGCAGAUACAUUCUCCGUCCUUCCAUACUGUGGAGGAAUCUCCGUCGCCCAAGGCCCCGCUGACCCGUGCUCAUCUUCAUUGGCUAAGUACAAUUCGAACCCAUUGGAGUGUCUAUACAAAUGGGAAGGCUUUUGCUCCCCCUGUGAAACCAACGGGAAGUUGUCCCCUGUUCACUCUUGGGGUCCGAGGCAAGGUCGACGUGAGCUACGAUAAGAGUUUGGACGAGACGCGCCUGAUGCUGCUAAUUGGAGGUUCAUCUGUGGUCGCUAUUACUCUGCCUGCACCUGGAGUAAAGGGCUGGAACUUGGAGAAUCAAGCGCCCCUACGGAAGCUGAAAGCAUGUGACUGCUACAUGGUCACUGUAAUAACGCCAGUGCCUCCUGCGAUGACGAAGCUCGAGUUCUUCUUCCAAGGAAAUGUUCCGGUCCGGUUCACGACGCGUUCAGGCCUGUUCGACGCCACGGUGCCUCACUGGGGCUGCUCACGAACGCCUCUCUUUAAGUCCGUUCAAAGCGCAUCGCCAACUGCUCAGGAGACCCUCAGCGAGCAGCAGCCCGACUCCCCGUGGAGUGCAGCAGCAGGUCGGCCGAACAUUAGUGCGAUGGAUAAGGAGGGACGGCUGCGUUGUGGUGUCACGACUUUCUGGGAAAGCCUGUUCAAUUUAUUACCGCCACAUAUUACUGCCGCGGGCAGCUAUGUCGACGCUGUAGAGUGGAAUCUGCCUUCUGCGCCGUUCUCGGCGGCGCUUGCCUUUGACUAA